AUGCCCAUACCUCAAGCUCAUCCUCAACAGGACCUUGCCCUUGCUUCGCGCCGUGCUGCGGUUUGCACCUGGUGGCUCAUGGGAAAUGAUCCACGAAAGACCUGGACCUCCAUCGUCCCUCGCUGGCGUGGAGAUAGAUGGAACCGCUUGACACGGCAGACUAUUGACGAAUCGAACAGGUCUUGGUUCGUCGGCCCCGCUGGAAAUCGAAUUGUCGAGAAUGCCAUUCGCCACCCCAGCCAUUCUUUACGCGCAGUUUCCGUGUUCUGGUCCCUUGGUAUUCGAGUACGUACCGUUACGGUAGCGGCUCCAGUUAUCUCCGCCUCAAUCGGUAAUUUCCUUAGUGACGACUUUACGGUGUGCCAUGAGGGCGGUGCUUGCCUUCCAUUGAACCCAAACUGGCUGGCACGGCUGUUCCCUCAGGGCAGGCACUCCUGUGACAGGGCAGUCUCUGAACGCAGUCUCGUUGUCGUUGUCGGCUCCAGCAGCAAACCUCUUCGCCUCCCGCAGGCCUCCCCCUGCAACAAUUCUACGACGGGAGCCUCUUCCACGGCUGUUCCCCCACACGCCCACGCACUAUCCGAAGGACCUGAACUGAGCCCAGUUACGGCAGCCGUCGACAGCACUACGGUCGGUAGCGGCGCAUCGCCAUCUUCGCACCCUUCCCACCGUAUCCGUCCACCAUGUCCUGCACAGCAGACAGCCACCAAGGGCUUGGGUCUCCUGUCGCUUCUGAGGUCUUGGGAUGCCUCCGGUGCGUCCAUUCCGAGUGGCAUGCAGCCACCCGUUUCUAGAGACACCUGCAUCGCGGAUCUUCGAGAUGCCCAGUCUGGACUCGGGCACACUCCGAAUGUCAACGUUACCCUACAGAUGCAGAUACCAGACCUGUUGACUGUCACCAUAUUCAUUAGUGAUUCGACAACCGACACCUCGACAGCUCAUCUCCCCGCUCUUGCGCUAUCGCGGUUAAGCUAA